AUGUCAAAACAAAAACAUCGAAGUUCAGCGCGAUCGAUGGGAGCAACAUCGACAUCAUCAUCAGCAACUCAUUCCGAAUAUCCAUUAAUGGUUGAUACUGGUAUGGAAGAUAUUGAAAGCUUCAGUUACAGUUCAUCGAUAGCAACGUUAUCACCAAAUCGUCGAACUCGUCAGUUGGAAAAGGAAACAUUAUCAAAUCUCAAUGAUCGUUUGGCGGUUUAUAUUGAUAGGGUACGACAGUUAGAACUGGAAAAUGAGCGACUUAAUGUACGAAUAAAUGAGACGGAAGUAGUAGAGAAAAAAGAAAGAAAUGAUUUAGUGAGUCGAUAUGAGAUAAAAAUUAAAGAACUUCGCGAUUUGCUUGAUGAUACAUUGAAAGAGAAAACUCGUAUUAGUAUGGAUUCUAAAGCAGCCAUCGCUGAACGCGAUAAUAUGCGAGCGAAGAUCGCGAAAUUGGAAAAGGAUUUCAAAAAUGCGGAGAAGGCUCAAAUGAACUGUGAGAAUUUGAUACAAGAUCUGCAAGCUAGAAUUAAUUCGGCAGAGAAUAUGCGCCGUCAUCUUGAAGAUGAAAAUAAGAGUUUUUUGACCGAAAAUGCCGAUUUAAAGCGGCAGUUAGAAGUACUUCGAAAACAAAUUGAAGAUGAAGCGUUAGCGAAUACAGCAUUAGCAAAUCAAAAUCAAUCGUUAAAAGAAGAUUAUGAAUUUCUAAAGAAAACUUACGAGGGACAACUUCAAGAAAUACAUCGAAAGCGGCAAGUGGAAAUGACAACAACUGCUCGUGAAAUAGAGCGCACUUAUGAAUCACGGCUUCAAGAGCAACUUCAGGCUAUGCGUGCAGAGUUUGAUGGACGCUUGAAUAGAAACCGACGUGAUAUUGAUGAAACUUACAAGAAUAAAAUGAAUGAAGCUAAUGAAGCUCGCCAACAAGCAACAAACGCUCGUGAAGAAGCAGCUCGGCUUAGAUUACGAAUACAUGAUAUGGAAAAAAGCACUAGUAAUUUUGAAGAGAAAAUUGAUGGCCUCAAUAAAAAGAUUGCCGAUCUUGAAAAUCAGUUGCGCUAUGCUCGUGACGACUGUGAUGUAAGAUUGCAACAACGUGAUAGUCGUAUAGCCGAACUGCAACAAGAAAUUGAUCGGCUUCUUAAUGAAUAUCAAGAUUUGUUUGAUCUUAAAGUACAGUUAGAUACAGAACUUAAGGCAUAUCAAAAUUUAUUGAAUAUAUCAUCACAGUCUUCGCCUGGUAUCCGUACUUCUUUCUCUGAUAUUUCAACUCGUCGUGGCAUUAAAAGAAAGCGUUUUGCUGCUUCAGAUGACAGUCUUUAUUUCCGCAAUACAGCCAAAACAUUCAAGACUACCGCGAAUUCUGACUGUGAUAUCGAAAUUGAAUCGCACGAUGUCAAUGGUAAAUUCAUAAAACUGACCAACAAAGGUGAUGAAAUAGUUUCAAUUGGUCAAUGGGCGAUCAAGAGCAUAGCGAAUGAUCGAGAAACUGUUUAUAAAUUUCAUUCGAGACAAUCACUGAAACCUGGUGAUUCUAUUACUGUAUGGAGUGCUGAUAGUGGCGAGAAGCACGCACCACCUUCACAAUUGGUCAUGAAAAACCAACAAUGGCCAUCUGGCGAUCGUGUUCGUACUUCUUUGGUUGAUUCAGAAGGCAUGGAAAUGGCUACUCGCGAAAGUGUUGCUGAAUUUCAGUAUGGACAGUUUGCUUCGGAAGAUGGGCAAGAUCCUGAUCAGCGUUGUUCAUUAAUGUAA